AUGGCCUCUUCUCCAGGUUCCAGCUUAAAAACACAUAUGAGGGCCCAGACUAGCAAGAAACCACACGCAAGUGACUUAAAGACACAUAUGCAAGCCCAUGCAGGAGUUUCUCAAGCUGAAGAAUCGAAUUUGAAAGUACCUACUGGAGAAAAUAUCUAUUCCUGCGAGUUCUGUUCAAAAACAUUUUUGUUUGAGAAAUAUUUAAAGAAUCAUAUGAGAAUUCAUACUGGUGAAAAACCAUAUGUGUGCAAACAUUGCUCUAAGACAUUCUCUUUUCGUACAAACCUGACAGCACAUAUGAGAGUUCAUACUGGUGAAAAACCCUAUGCAUGCGAAUACUGUUCGAAGACAUUUGCUCAAGCUGAAACAUUGAAGGCACAUUUAAGAGUCCAUACUGGAGAAAAACCGUUCUCCAAUAAUUUGAUCUGCAUGAGAUUUUUCAUUGUCAAGCAUGAUGUCGGUUGUGUUUCAAGGUUAAGGGCACAUAUGCGAGUCCAUACUGGAGAAAAACCGUACUCGUGUGAGUGUUGUCCAAUGUCUUUUUCUCAAGCUUCAUGGUUAAAGACGCAUAUGAGAAUUCAUACUGGAGAAAAACCAUAUGUAUGUAAGCAUUGCUCAAAGAAAUUUGCUUUUUCUUCAAACCUGAAAGUGCAUGUGAGAGUCCAUACUGGUGAAAAACCAUAUGCAUGUGAAUACUGUUCUAAGACAUUUGCUGUGAGUUCAUUAAUGAAGAGACAUUUAAGGAUCCAUACUGGAGAAAAACCAUACUCCUCUUAA